AUGGAGACCACUCAGGUGAAUUUGACCAUCAGAGGAGAAACCUCUCCAGGUGAGGUGAUUGCAGUUGUUGGUAGCUGUGAAGCUUUAGGCAGCUGGUGCCAUCAGAGAGCAGUGGUUUUACGUUCUCUUGGCGAUGAUGCGGCUACGUGGACCAUCUCGGUCACUGUACCUAGAGGAGUUGUUACCAAGUAUCGCUACUUCAGAGGCUUCUUUCUUGAACCAAAGAGUGCAGGUGAUGGCAGUCAAGUGAUAGUCAGUAUGUGGGAGACCCAUCAUCACCUGCGCACGAUGAGCCCCACAGAACCACACUUGAAUAUUGACAACGGGCAGUUUGGAAUUCACAAUGGGAUGAACUGCGUCGACUCUGGGUGGCUGACGUGCCAGACAGAGAUUCGUCUCCGUCUGCACUAUUCUAAGAUGUCUCCAGUGUCCAUCACCAAGAAGAAAUUCAAGAAGUCUCGUUUCAGGAUCAAGCUGACUUUAGAGGGCAUUGAGGAGGAAGAAGAAGAGGAUGAGCUGAGCCCUUCCACAUUACACAAAAUGACCACCACCCUGGAGAUCAGUAUGAUCAGUAGCAGCGGUUAUAAGUCACGCCACACACAGCCUGAGUGCGGGUACGCCCUAGAGCCCUCACAGUGGACAGAGUACAGCAUCCACACCAUGGAUCCAGACAACCUGGAGCUCACCUUUGAGUUCUUUGAGGAGGAUCUGAGCGAGCAUAUGGUCAAUGGUGAUGUUCAUCCAGGACACAUGGGCACUGCCUGCCUCCUCUCCUCCUCUUUUUUGGAAAGCGGCAAGGACACCGGACUCAUGACUCUCCCCAUAAUGGGACGGAAUUCCAGACAGACCAUUGGGAAAGUCAGGGUGGACUAUCUGGUGAUUCGACCAAUCCAAGGUCUGCAAUGUGAUAUGAGCUCUUCAUUCAGCAAAUACUGGAAGAAAAGAGGCGCUCUGGACGUGGGACACAGAGGAGCUGGCAGCACACAUGCAGCCAAGCAUCACAGAAUAAGAGAGAACACGAUAGCCUCAUUCAAAAGCGCUGCCAACCAUGGUGCUGCCUACGUUGAGUUUGACGUUCACCUCUCCAAGGACAAAGUUCCCAUUGUAUACCAUGAUCUGACCUGCUGCAUAUCAACAAAGAAGAAAAAUGACAAGACUUCUCUGGAGCUCAUCGAGGUGCCGGUUAAAGAUUUGACAUUUGAUCAGCUGCAGCUUCUGAAGUUGCUCCAUGCCACUGCCAUAAAAGAAAAUGGACAUAAAGAUAUUUUGGAUGAUGAAGAGGAAAUCGAUGAGCAUCAGCCGUUCCCUUCACUCUCACAGAUCUUCCAAGCCGUACCUGAAGAGGUGGGCUUUAACAUCGAGCUCAAAUGGAUCUACCAGAUGAAGGAUGGGUCGUGGGACGGCAACCUGUCAACCUACUUCAACAUGAACACCUUCCUGGACAUCAUCCUGUCCUGUGUUCUGCAAAACAGCGGCAAAAGACGUGUCAUAUUCUCCUCCUUUGACCCUGAUAUCUGCACCAUGGUGCGUCAUAAGCAGAACAAGUACCCCAUCCUCUUCCUGACUCAGGGAAUCUCAGACAAGUACCCCGAGAUGAUGGACAUCCGCUGUCAGACGACCGAAAUUGCCAUGAGCUUCGCCCAGAGCGAGAACAUCCUGGGGAUCAGUGCUCAUAGUGAAGAACUGCUGCAGAACCUCAACCACAUCAGAGCGGCGCAGUCUAAAGGUCUGGUGGUGUUCAGCUGGGGAGACGACAACAACAACCACGACAUCAGGCAGAAACUGAGAGAGCACGGAAUCGAUGGACUCAUUUAUGACGGUGUCUGUGAGCAUGAACCCGAGCAGAAAAACAUCUUCCAGGUAGAGGGGCAACACUCCCUGCAGGAGGUCAUCACAGAGGAGACCCUGAAGGGCUCCACCUGUUCCUGCUACUCCAUCCCCUGCACCAUGGUUCCAUGUCUGACCUCCAGCGCUCAUGCUGGCAGUGCCGAGUCAGAUUCUGGCCUCGGCUCCUCAUAAACAUGUCAGAUUUUCUACUUUGUCAAAGAUGUACACUCAGGAGGACAAACCAGGAAUGUUCUGACCCAACAAUGUGUGUUCAUAAAAUCAAAUUAUGUAAAGCGCAUGGCCACAACAAUGUAAACCACUGAACCUGUCUAUUCUUUGUUUACAGAUUAUUCCACAUGCACAUUCUUUUCCUCCAAAACUGGAUAUUUAAGAUGUUUUCCUUUCUUUCUAAGAGAGGCCUGCAUUAUUAUGAAAUAGUGCCAAAGCUUCACAGUGUAUAGUAUUCCUUUUGCCAUUAUAGUCACCGUGCUCAAAUGUGGUUUCCAGCUGCAAUAUUAUAACCGGAUUUGCAAUAUUCCCCCGCCAGUGCAUGUAGCCAUAGCCUCAAGUGUUACUGCCCUAAAUCUGAUGAAUGAAUUACAGCUCAUUCUCUGGUAUGAGAACUAUAGAAACAAAUACGUAUGUAGCUCACCUGUCCAGCGCAUCCAGCGUUGAGCUCAAAAUGCAAUAUGACAUGCAGACAAAUGAACACGUAUGUUGCCAUUAAUGAAUUCACUUGGUGGAAAAAAAAAAUCACUGCUGGACUUGCUGGAUAAAAAUAAUGUCCUUUCAAUAACAUGGUAAUGAAGUUCCUCUUAAAUUAAAACUUUAAAGGGGAACUUAACUAUUUUGUUCUUUCAUUUUAUUAAUUUAUAUUUUGGGUUCAAUCGAUGCAGUACUGAUUUUGCAUGCAGUUACUAUCACAGGCUAAGUGGCUACUUAAUGUAAUUGUUUGGGGGAAUCUAGAAACACUUGCGGUGAACCUCUUGUUGUUGUCAGUGAAGAGGCAAAAAUGGCAUUAGAAGUGUGGUUGCAUGGACAGGAUCUCUAUGGGGGGAAAAUGUGCACGUUUACAUCAAUGUAAAAAAAAAAAAAAAAAAAAGUGGUUGUAUAGUUGGCCACUUUAUCCAUUUACCCUCUGUUUUGGAGACCUGACUCUACGUGAAGUUACUAUAAGUCAAUUGCUGAUGAAGGCCUUCUUCCUAUACAAUGAGCCCCCCCAUCGGCAAUCCACUUGUAAUGACUCAAUGGAGAGCAUCACUACUGGAGGCUAAGGUAAGCGUCUAACUGUAUAACAGGACUUUUUUUUUUUUUAUUUUGCUUACAUUUUGUGUACAGUCACCUCUGUAGGGAUCCUUUCUGUGCUGCCUCAUCUAAUGACAUUUUUCUUUGUCAGUGGCAACAAGAAUUGUUUUACUGCGGGUGUUUUUAGCUUCGCCUGCAGAGUUAUAUUAUACAGCCAGUUAAUCCAUGAUGCUAUUUGUGUUCUAAAGCAAUACUGCACCAAUUUAUUUAUUUAUUUAUUUAUUUGUAUCUGUUUCCAGUGAGAAGUUGAACCCCAAAAACAUUUAUAGAGCUCAG